AUGUUAGCUCCCACUGCUAGUCUCUCAUACUUGGCUGCCAUUGAAGAUGAGCCAGGGGAACCAGCUCCCACUGCUAGAGUCUCAUACUCAGCUACUGUUGAAGAUGAGCCAGAUGAACCACACGAAGGUGAUAAGACUGAUGGCAUGGCACAUGUAUCUGAUGGGAAAGACUCAGUGCUUUUCAAUACAACCAGUCAGAAAUUUGCAUUGGGUGGUCGGGUCACCAACUGGGUGUCUGGUGUUGAGCUGGCAAAGGGAAAAUCAGAACAUCCAAAACUGGCAUCGGCAUCUGCAUCAACAACUUCUGAUGCACAGGUCCUGACUCAGAAGCCUGCAGUUCCUGCCAAAAUUCUAGAUGCAGAUGAUGCCCUCAUAGGCAGCUUCACAGAUGACAUUGAUGAUACCCUGGAGUGUGAGGCUGCUAUUGUGCAAGGCAAGGAAAAAUUGAAGGUAGCCUCAAUAUUUGAAGAUGACUUGGACUUUGAGGCAAAGGCAACUUCUGUGCAAGUACCAUCAAGAGUGUGUGACUUGGCUGAUGAUUCAGUGGCCUCAUUCACUGAGCAGGAACAGUUCUUGCUGGAGCCCAAACCUCCAUUCACACAGGUUGACACUCACUGGACCCUCAAGUGCAAAACUGCGGUUGAUGACACUUUAGAUGAUGAUGAGGUGUCUGAGUGGUCCAUGGAUGUUGAUGGCCCCACUUUUGAGGACCUGGUCAUGAUUUCUGAUGAAGAUUCACAGCCUGAACCUGUGGUGCUAAAGAAGAAGAAGAUUCAGUGCACAACAUCAUCAACAUCUGUAUCCGUUGCUUCUGUUGCUGACAGCAAACCACCUGCUCUCAAGAAGGCCAAGAUCAAAUCAUCCACUAAAUGUGCCCACAACACUCCUGCUAUCAAACACCCACUGAAUGUAGACACUGUGCCAGAUUGCAUGAAGUCUUGUAGCACCUAUCAUAAUGUCAACUUACCUGCUAUGAUGCAGGCAGACCAGCACUGGACAAAGAAGUAUCUACCUACCAUCAUGUUGUGGGCUAGGAGUUAUGAGGAUAUCUGGACUAUCCCAGAUGAUGUCCUUCUCCUUCAUGCCCAGCUCAUUUUUAAUGCAGUAUACAAGGAACUUAACAUCAUUAUCAUUCAUGGCGGUGUGAUACACUCCCUGACAGCACAGCGUAUAUCUGAAUGGCACAGCAAUUUCAGCUCUACAGGCAUAGUUAUCAUCCUGGACUUUUUGACACAAAAUUCCGACUGCAAUCCCACUGAACUUGCCAAGUCUUUAGUCACAAACUAUGCAUUCUUGUUUGAAAAUCCUGACAAGCCAAAUCCCCUCACAGUGAGCUGCUCUCCUUUUGUUUUACAGCUGUUGGGUACUGCACAUCUCAAUGCUAUCAAUGGGUAUGUGGAGGUUCCCAAACUCAAUACACAUGGACUCACAAUGUGUGGGAUGUCAGGUGUUAUUUCCCUUUCUGCUGCAGCAAUUGAGCGCACCCUCAAUAUGUUCGCCCAGAAGCAUUUGAAUGUCAAGGAGGUCUUAGUGGCUGGCUCAGGUAAACUCACUAUUAAGCUACCAAAGGUCAUCAACAAAAUGACUGGGAAGAUGACCAACACUCCAUUCCUAUUUUUAGGGGCUCACUGGACUAAAGCAAUGAAGUCGUUCACCAAGUCUCUCUCAAAAAAGCCUGUGGGAUACAUAGAGACAAUGAUACAGAUGGUGCAUGCCUGUACUGCAUUGAAUGAUGUGACAGAUACACCCCAGGGCUCAUUUGAUGAGGAGGACUCUGAUGAUGAUGAGCAUGCUAUGCUUUGUAAUUCUUAUCAUUCAUGUUUCAUCUCACUGACAUCCACAACCUCAGGAUUUGUCUAUUUGUUGCAUCUGCACAAUUUCCACUAUCCUACAUCUGACAAACUCUGGCUGUCACUACAGGCUGUCAUCUUCAAGUUGUUUUGCCAUCAUUUUUAA